AUGGUUUCCUCUAAUUAUGUGGGUGAACUUUGCAUAAUGGAAGUUCCAUUAAAAAAUUUAAAAUCAAAAUAUAAAGUUCUAUUUAAACAUUUGGAUCAAGAAUUAGCCGAUAGUCCAAUUAGAUAUCUCGCAAAACGUCGUUUCCUACCAACACGUCGAGAUCUGCAAUUAUGGCCAUACAGUUUAAAUAACGCAAUGGAUGACGAUUUCGAAGCUGCUCAUUUGAAUAAACGCUAUUUUCUUAAAUCGAAACGCUAUUUUCUAAACAGCAAACGAGACAAUGAGAAAAGAGACGAGUCCGGAAAUCUUGAAACGCCAAAAAGCCCCAAUUUAGCAUUAAAAUGUUCAAUUUCUUGA